AAGUAAACAGACAGAUGACAUACACUGUCAUGAGUUUACACGUUUUUUUCCCCCUCCAUCUUCACGCAUGCUCAGUGUCUCUGUUCGGCUGAUUCACAUCAGCAGCGGCGCCGGAGAUCAGCCGGUCCGACAGCACAUGGAUUCCCAGUGAGAAGAGCGAGCACUCCGGCCAGGGGGUGUACAAGGCGCGUGAGGUGUGAUGGCGCUGAGCUCCGAGGCCUGUGUCUCUGGCUCAGGAGGAGAGUCCUCCGGCAGUGAGGCGGGUUCUAGUUGUCUUCAGUUUGGGGUUCGUUCCUAUCUGCACCACUUCUACGAGGAGUGCUCGUCCUCCAUGUGGGAGAGAGACCCGGAGGAUCGAGGGUUCGUCCAGAGCCAGAGGUCGGCCCUGUGGUGGAACUCAGCCAUAUGGAAGGUGUCCUUGGCCCUGGGUCUCCUGAUCCUGACUGCAGGUAUCGCCAGCCUGUCAGUCGGUUAUUCCACCCCCCACAAAAUUGAGUCAUUUGGGGAGGGAGACCUGUUCUUCGUGGACACCCAAGCCGUGAGCUUCAACAGGGGGUUGCACCUCAGCACAGCGGCCGGGAUCGGGCUCUCCUGUCUGGGCUCGGCCCUGGCGGCGAUGGGGGCUAUGGUUUGGAUCCUCCCCAGGGCCAACCUCAAAGAGAGGCUGUUCCACAGACCGAGGGGAGGGGAGCGGAGAGGAGAGUCGGAAGCCAAGUGGAGAGCUCCAGGGGAUGUGGUCACUAAGCCACCAGGCACAGAGGAAGAGAAGAUUCCCGUCACACUGUCCAAAGUGGAAAAUGUGCAACCCACUUCUUAAAAAAAGAUCCUGCUGAGCUAUGUGGUGUACAGGCUGCCGUUCUAGUGCUGGGGCCUCAGUCUUACUGAUUGGGUUUAUUUUUGUUUUUUAUAAGUUUUUAAGAAAACAGAUGUCAUUUUAGCAUGCAAAUGAUUCAAAUGAGGGUGGGUUUUUUUUCAGACAUAAAGGUCUGAACACUGAACAGAACAGGAUUCAAAAAGACAUAAUUUUGUGGUGAUGUCAAGAAGUCAUGUAGUUAAAGGCAGGACUACUGAUGAGGCGUUUCAGGCACUUGAGCAGCAGCCUAACAUGUCUGCUCUAAUAUGUAUUUAUCUUAUCUCUGUCUCUCAUCUCACACUGCAGGAUCAGGAUAUAGUUGUUGAUGGUGGACUGUGUUCGUGCAGUGCACUCUUGUUGUAUUUGAAAAUUACAAUGAGUAAUGUCCGCCUCAACACUCAGAGAAAGCUGAAUGCUGAGGAUAGAAAAUUUGAUGUAUUAACCUCCCUUUCUCAACAGUGUUUGUUGUAUUUUUCCUCUGUAUUUUUUAUCAGUCAUUUUUUUUUUUAAUUGGUAGCACCAGUAGUUAGACAAGGUGUUAAUGAAUAGAUCACGUAGAAACACUGUGUAUACAUGCACGCACAUCAACACACGCGCAGAUCACAGGACAUUCAGAGAGGUGCUCACCUGCAAAACAGGCCGAGGGUGAAAAGAAUCACUAAUAAUUUUGUGUCUCCGGUUUUCACAUGUUUGCACUGAUGCUCAUGUGUUGAGCACAUGCACAGUCGCAUGCACUUCACCCAGCCUCACCCUCACACCCACACACAUGCACAAAUUCGUGCUCCAUUGACAAUAUCACCUAUUUUCUCCCCACUGUAAUCUGGCUCCUUAAUUGCCUGCAAUCUGUGUCUCCAGGCAACAGUUGGGCUUCAAGUGCUCUAUUUUCAACUCCGAACAAAGACUCUUUUCUGAUUGGCCCGGCACUCCCCCUCUCUUUAUUUUCUCACACCAAUCAGAUUUUUUGUUCACAGUCAUACGCAGUAGUAGAGAGUAAGUGUUGAAGCGCCGAGGUGAGUGAAUUUGCACGGGCACCUUAGAGGCUACUUGUUUGAUCAGGUCCUCCAGUUUAGUUAAAUUAGUUUGAAUAAUAGAGCGUACACAUUAGAAAAAAAGCAAAGAUAAAAAUAAUCAUGAUAGUUUUACUGCACCGAUUCAGCUGGAUGUUAUUAUUGAUGUUUCAUUGUUUCAUUGUGUUUUUGGCUAUGAUGAAGAUAAUGGAAUAAAAAGAGGAUCGAGUGUCAAAAUAAAUGACCAAAAUAAAGUUGUGAUCUGCAUACCUCAA